CCCUUGUCAACAUGUCCAAGCUUUGAAAGUUACUGUUCCCAGUGUGAGAGAGCAUCCCCAACCACUAACACCCCCAUGUGUAUCAUCUUCUUUAAGUUUGACCCUCGGCCUGCAUCCAAAAAUGCCUACAGGUAAGGCCUCUCCUCCCGUCUGUGUACUAUUACCACACUUUUCAUAUAGCCUAGUAUAGCUUAGUCUGGACGGCUCUCAUUUUACGUCAACUGGAGGCCUAUAUUCAGAUGAUGGUUUAAAAAGAUGCACACUUCCAGAUGUUGAACAAAUCUGAAUCUUAAAAAGGAAUCGGAGCAUCAUUGAGUUUGACGCAGGGGACAUUCUUCUCAUCUCCUGAUAUAUUCUGAACAAAAAUAUAAACGCAACAUGUAAAGUGUUGGUCCCAUGUUUCAUGAGCUGAAAUAAAAGAUCCCAGAAAUUUGCCAUACUCCCAAAAAGCUUAUUUCUCUCAAAUGUUGGCACAUAUUUGUUUACAUCCUUGUUAGUCAGCAUUUAUCCUUUGCCAAGAUAAUCCAUCCACCUGACAAGAGUGGCAUAUCAAGAAGCUGAUAAAACAGCAUUAUCAUUACGCAGGUGCACCUUGUGCUGGGGACAAUAAAAGGCCAAUCUAAAAUGUGCAGUUUUGUCACAAAACACAAUGCCACAGAUGUUUUGAGGGAGCGUGCAAUUGGCAUGCUGACUGCAGGAAUGUCCAACAGGGCUGUUGCCAGAUAAUUUAAUGUUCAUUUCUCUACCAUAAAUCGCCUCCAACGUCUUUCAAGAUAAUUUGGCAGUACGUCCAACCGGCCUCACAACUGCAGAUCACGUGUAUGGUGAUCUGUGGGUGAGCGGUUUGCUGAUGUCAACAGAGUGCCCCGUGGUGGGGUUAUGGUACGGGCAGGCAUAAGCUACGGACAACGAACAAUUACAUUUUAUCGAUGGAUUUUGAAUGCACAGAAAUACAGUGAUGAGAUCCUGAGGCCCAUUGCGAGGCCCAUUUUGUUUUUAAAGUUUCUGUGACCAACAGACUCAUAUCUAUAUUCCCAGUCAUGUGAAAUCCAUACAUUAGGGCCUAAUUUAUUUAUUUCAAUUGACUGAUUUCCUCAUAUGAACUGUAACUCAAAAUAAUCUUUGAAAUUGUUGCAUGUUGCGUUUUUAUAUUUUCCCUGUGUCCCUCAAAGAUGCGUUUGGAGUUGCUACACUUCAGCACUAGCCUAUCUAAUUAAGCACCCAAAGCAGUGAUAAGAACCCGAGAUAAUCUGUGGUGCCGUCUCUCACUGGAUGUAUGAAAAGCCAUGCAGCAUCCAAACUGAAUUGCUCCAUUUCAAUUAAACUGAACAUUUCAGUUUGGAUCCAGGCUAAUUCAAAGCCUCCCAAGCAAAGCACAGUGAAACACCAGGUACCAUCCGCUAACCUUUCCUACAGUCACUGCUGAUUUCUCUCAGUGAAGGUCCUUUGUGGGCAGACGCCAGUGGUAGAGGAGCAGUCAAUGCAAUUUAAAGCCCUGCUUGUAAUAAUCCCCUGGGCUCUGUGGAGCGCUCUCUCUACCUGGCCAGGGUCUAUCUCUGCCUUUGCCUCUGGGAGAUUGCACUAGCCUAAGGCGAUCACAGUGGAUGUGUGUGAGCAAUGACUCACUCUGGACCAAUGGGAUACGUGUAACCUAUAGGCCUAGCUAGCAUCCUCACUGUGGUUGAAUUGAGUGCAUGUAGGCCUACGUUAUGUCAGUGAGCGGAAUGGCAAAAUAACUACAAGAAUGCUAAAUUAAUCUCUUGUGUAACUAGUUUUCCUCCAUGCACCCAAAUACUGCCAACAUCCCUGCCUGCCAACAAUGUUAUGUUCUGAAUUCCCAUUAUGCCUAUGUAUUGCUUCGCCAUCAAAUUAUUAGUACUUUCCCUUGCAAUACAGGAGCAUAACUUUCAUGAAUGGAAUGUAUCUUGCUGAAAUAUUAGCCUUUCCAUUGACCUUGUCUCAAAUAUAGUAUUUAUUUUUUAAGUCAGGAGUAAAUGACAACGAAAUUGUAUCAUUCUCUAAAAUGGCACUCUCUCUGCAUAGCUGGGCCCUGUUAGUUUUCUGGUUGUUUCUCUCCUAGUGAUUCCCACAGGCUCAGAUAAACAGAUGGAUGCUCUGCUCUCUCCUGUGUAAAAUCAUUAGUGUUUGCUUUGUUUCUGGGACAGUGUCACUGCAACCAGCUUUUGCAUCAUGAGCCUUUGAUGUACAGAGGUUGACCCCAAUUAGGUCGCUUUGCUUUAUUUGUUCUUAAAGAAAUCCACCUCCCUCUGAACAAGAUUCAUGGGAUUGGGAGCCGCUGGCAAAAUACAAUUAUUGCGGAGGUCAUCAUAGUUCAGUGGCCUAAUCUCUCUUCCAUAACCGUGCACCACGAAUAAACGCCUCUCAGUGGAACUAUUUAAUCCUCAUCACUUUGACCUGUGACACCGGCAUUACAACCAAUACGUCUCAGGUAGUUGGCUUCGAAAAGGGACGUGGGUGAAAAGACAAACAUGCGUGUUCUGUGUGUCUAAUUGAUCAUGAACGCGUAAUGGCGAUGCACCACUUGGAACGCACAUCAUUAUCUGGGAACAGUGUGUACUAGCAGAAUUUUCAACAGAGGAUGCAAUUAUAAAAUGUAGACUACAUGGAAUAUUCUAGGUUGACUGUUUACUUGACUGUUUGUGCAUUAAAAAUCAAAUCAAAUGAAUUGGUCACAUACACAUGGUUAGCAGAUGUUAUUGUGAGUGUAGCGAAAUGCUUGUGCUUCUAGUUCCGACAGUGCAGCAAUAUCUAGCAAGUAAUAUCUAACAGUUCCACAACAAAUACCUAAUACACACAAAUCUAAGGAAUGGAAUAAGAAUAUAUAAAUAUAUGGAUGAGCAAUGUCAUUGUCAGAGUGGCAUAGGCUAAGAUGCAAUAGAUAGUAUAGAAUACAGUAUAUACAUAUGAGAUGGGUAAUGCAAGAUAUGUAAACAUUAUUAAAGUGACAUUAUUAAAGUGACUAGUGUUCCAUUUAUUAAAGUGGCCAGUGAUUUUCAAGUCUUUAUGUAGGCAGCAGCCUCUCUGUGCUAGUGAUGGCUGUUUAACAGUCUGAUGGCCUUGAUAGAAGCUGUUUUUCAGUCUCUCGGUCCCAGCUUUGAUGCACCUGUACUGACCUCGCCUUCUGGAUGAUAGCGGGGUGAACAGGCAGUGGCUUGGGUGGUAGUUGUCCUUGAUGAUCUUUUUGGCCUUCCUGUGACAUCGGGUGCUGUAGGUGUCCUGGAGGGCAGGUAGUUUGCCAAAGGUGAUGCAUUGUGCAGACCGCACCACCCUCUCAGUUGCCGUACCAGGCGGUGAUAUAGCCCGACAGGAUGCUCUCAAUUGUGCGUCUGUAAAAGUUUGAGGGUUUUACAUUUCUUCAGCCUCCUGAGGUUGAAGUGACGCAGUUGCACCUUCUUCACCAUGCUAUCUGUGUGGGUGAACCAUUUCAGUUUGUUAGUGAUAUGUACGCCGAGGAACUUAAAACCUUCCACCUUCUCCACUGCUGUCCCGUCGAUGUGGAUAGGGGGGUACUCCCUCUGUUGUUUCCUGAAGUCCACGAUCAAGUCCACAAUACCUGACUGGAUAUUGCUGUUAGGCCUAUCUCAGGUUAGAUACUGUUAGAACUAUAUGUUAUAUUAUAGGCCCACACAUUUUGUAUACAUAAAUUGAGCCCACGUCUUGUAGAGCCAGCACAAUAAAUAUGUUUGGCGAGAAAUCGGCAACAGUUUUUUAACUUAACGGCCCCUGCAACAUUCAAUAUAGGCUACUUCUACAAACUACUGUUGUCACGAUACCAGAAUUCUUACAAUACCAGGUUUAGUAUCACUACUGUAUACCGAAACAAUACCAUGGCAUGGUUCAUGUUUUCACUCUCAAAAUCACACUUUUUAAUAGAACAUCCAAUUUUGUUCUCCACAACAAUGCUGAGACUACUUGAAGUCUGGGAAUUUGUAAAAAAUUUUUUAGAUACCCUUUAAUUCAAGUGUGCGUACAAACCUCAAAUCACUCACAAUGGGCCCACAGGCCCCACUGUGCAAGGCCACCUCUCACCCAAAUCCACAUAUCUAUGGCAGCUUCUGCUGCCUCAGAAACCCCACAAUCGUGUUUGUGCGGCUGUGUGUGCGUGCAAGGCUAGCGGGUGAUUCAUGGGACAGUAGCUAAACAGUAAUGUGCAGUCACUAAGUCAUGCACUGUUGCCUUGCUAAAUAAAUGACAGUUGUGCAGCGUUAGUAAAAAGUCACCAGAGAUUAAUGUCAAACGCAGCAUUAGCAUCAACAGUGAUAGUCUGUUAGUGUGGUGAGUGGCACAUUUAAGUCCCAUUUGUUAUGGGAUAACUACUGAAAAUGGCAGUAAGUUGUAAUGGUGCUGGCUCACUAUAGGCCUAGGUUUCAGUUAAAGUACUGGACUGCACUAGGUUAUUUCAUUUCAAGUUUAGGAUUGUAGAAAUGCUUAUGUUUAUAUUCACAGAGCUCCUUUCUCCUAUGUGUGCUGUCUGACAGGUGUUCUCCCCACCCAUUCUUCCAUAUCUUUCUCUCUCUAUUGGAGACGCUUUGGUUGAAGGCUUGCUGGCAGGCUCCACUACCUUGACGAAAACCGCGAGACUGCAGCAUAGUCAGGGGAUUAAAACGCCAGAUGUCACUGGCAUCGGGAAUCAAUUCAAGGCUAUACGCCAAUUCAUGCUCUUAAUGAGCUACUGUUGGUCGAGUCUCUGGAAUGGAGAACUGGUCAGCUGAUUGUGUAAGAGGGCUGAUAUGGGAGAGAGGAGGCGUGGGUUAUCAUGUCAUUCUUUCUCCCCCUACAGUCCUGCCUGAAUGUAAGGGGUGAUUUUAUGUAGCCAAGGACUUGGCAUAGCCUAAUCCCUAACGUCAUUGUCCAAACGUUGGUCUGAUUGGGAAGUGAAUUCUGUGGCCAAAGACUAGUCGUAAUAAUUUAUGUUGUCAAUGUUAGUCUGAUGUCUGAGAGAGCUGCCACUGGAGGUGAUUUGGCUCUAGAGGGCUGUCAGGGGAAGGCAGCACAUUUAAGGGUCGCACACAUCGCACCGAAUGUGGAUCUCCCGUUCGUCUACUGAUUGUUCAGUGCACUGUUGUCGUCCGACUGCAAAAAAAAAUUAUGCGAUUCUACGUUUUCACUCGGUUCGCAAGUAACUCUCUGCAGGCAAACGAUAUAGCUGUGUUUGAGGCCUUAUUCUCCAGCCGUCCACUGGAUCAAUCUGAUACUGGCCUUCAGUAGCCUCAGCCUCGCGCUGACAUGGUCCUUUUGGACCUCUGAAGGUAGAGCAUUUUAGAUUCUUUGUCGCUUUUGUAUUAUGGAUUUGAUGUGAUGUUUGCAGUGGUGUGGGGCCUGAAAAAACCCAUCUCUUAGUGAUCUAUGUGCUCUGCAGCAGUCCAAGGUGGGUGGAGAAAGUCAGCAGGGGUUGUAAUGUUGUUGCGGUAAGGUAAUCGAGGUACAUGGAGAGGCAGAGGAAUGGGUUACAUCCCAAAUGACACUAUAUUCCCUAUAUAGUGCACUACUUCUGACCACAGUCCUAUGUGCCCUGGUCAAAAGUAGUGCACUAUAUAGGGAAUAAGGUUCCAUUUGGGAGGCAUCCAUGAUGUUGGAUAGUGACAGCACAGCAGCUUUCUCCUGCUGAUGGGGACCCGGGCUGCAGAGCGGAACUUUACUGUGUCCUGAGGGGAGGAAUAGUGCACACACAGACAAUUAGGGAACAUGCAACCUCAGUCAGGAGCUCAGCUCAGUUAGGUCUGCUACACGGCACAGCACGGCAUUUCUCUCUCACACUUAUUCACUCAUGGGUGCAGAAUGCAGCCUGGCAAAUGAGGACACAGGCUGCUUCCCAAAUGGCACCCUAUUCCCUUCAUAAUUCACCACUUUUACAUGGGCCCUGGUCAAAAGUAGUGCACUAAAUGGGUGCCAUUAGGGCAACAGACACACACUCCCAGGGCUCAGUCUCUUCGAUUUAAAGACAUGAGACCUGGAGAAUGUCAAGAUGGAUACCACCACUAGGUUAUGGCAUUAAAGAACAUUACCUUAAGUGGUCUACCAUGGUCUCCCUCGUAACUCUAUUUCUCUCUCUUUCUCUUUUCCCCUCAGGCUAAUUUUGGCUGCAAACAGAGAUGAGUUCUACAACAGGCCAACCAAAGCUGCAGACUUUUGGGCGAGCAACAGCGAAAUCCUCAGCGGUAAGUAUCUGCACUUGACGUUGAAGUGGCAGAAAAACACUGGUGAUAGAAAUCGUUCUGGAGAGGACUACCCUCUGUUUCCCGUUCUCCCUACUCUGAGAGCCUUUAUUUCACCACAACCCGUUUCAGCUCAGCUAGAAUGCGUUCAUGAGCCAGAUAUUGGAUUCUUUGUCAACAGACCAAUUCUGAGAGGAAUUUAAUGCGCUGAGCUUCCCAAUGAUUCAUUCCAUUCUUUAUUAAGAGCAUAGCCCUGCUACGGCAUAUUGACUGGGAGAACAAAGGCAUCUCCUUGAGUUAAAACUGUUUAAAAAAAAAAAAACGGGUGGAAGGCUAAGAAGUAGAAUUAGAAUGAGUGUCCGGUCAUGGAGCAAGGGCAUUGCUUCUUCUCUGUUUCUGAGUGAUUCCUUUAAUUUCCUCUCCCUCUCCUCACUAAAGACUAGGAAGUUGUUUUGUUCAACAACCUCUUUAUAGUAUUUUCACAUUUCUGAGUCAAGUACUUAUUUUGUCAUAACACAGGCUAUGAGUUUAUUUCCCCUAGAAAUCUAGAGUGGCACUGUUGGAGUUCCAGUAAUUUCGGUUUGCGAGGGAUUAGGGUAUAGGUUUGGAAAUGCGGGCCUGCGCGUGAGGUUUUAUGUUGGCCUGGGAUUGAGUCCUCAUAAUUGUAUUAGUUUUAUUCAAGGUUAGUUACUUACUGUUAAAUCUUUUGAAAUUCAUUGACUUGUCUCUUCCCAUUGCCUUUCUUCCCAUUGCCUUUGAGUCACCUUGUACCGUACAGGCGCAGGGCAUUCCUGGACCCUGCAGUAAACUACCUUUAAUUGACUGAUGUCUCCGUCAGAUACACAAUACAGCCCAGCUAGGAAAUCAAUCAUCCUUCUUCCCGUCACAGAGAAAUGUCCUGACUUGUUCAUCCUUCUCCUUUCCCUCUGUAAUCGGGGGGUCAGACUCCAGUAGCAGCCAUUUAAUUGAUGGCUGCUUUUAUGUGGCGUGGCAGAAAUGAAUAAGUGUGGCCGGUAAGGCUCUUAUGUAGUGCUGGGGGUGGAGGGGUGGUGGUAGGGCUCUGAUCUGGUGUUGAGGGACAGUGGUAGGGCUCUGAUCUGGGAUGGGAGGGGAGGGUUGGUGGUAGGGCUCUGAUCUGGUGUGGGGGCGGAGGGAUGGUGGUAGGGCUCAGAUCUGGUGUGGGGGCGGAGGGACAGUGGUAGGGCUCAGAUCUGGUGUGGGGGCAGAGGGACGGUGGUAGGGCUCAGAUCUGGUGUGGGGGCGGAGGGACGGUGGUAGGGCUCAGAUCUGGUGUGGGGGCAGAGGGACAGUGGUAGGGCUCAGAUCUGGUGUGGGAGCGGAGGGACGGUGGUAGGGCUCAGAUCUGGUGUGGGGGCGGAGGGACAGUGGUAGGGCUCAGAUCUGGUGUGGGAGCGGAGGGACGGUGGUAGGGCUCAGAUCUGGUGUGGGAGCGGAGGGACGGUGGUAGGGCUCAGAUCUGGUGUGGGAGCGGAGGGACGGUGGUAGGGCUCAGAUCUGGUGUGGGAGCGGAGGGACGGUGGUAGGGCUCAGAUCUGGUGUGGGAGCGGAGGGACGGUGGUAGGGCUCAGAUCUGGUGUGGGGGCGGAGGGACGGUGGUAGGGCUCAGAUCUGGUGUGGGGGCGGAGGGACGGUGGUAGGGCUCAGAUCUGGUGUGGGAGCGGAGGGACGGUGGUAGGGCUCAGAUCUGGUGUGGGAGCGGAGGGACGGUGGUAGGGCUCAGAUCUGGUGUGGGAGCGGAGGGACGGUGGUAGGGCUCAGAUCUGGUGUGGGAGCGGAGGGACGGUAGUAGGGCUCUGAUCUGCUGUGGAGGGACGGUGGUAGGACUCUGGAAGUUGAUGGAUUAUGCAGCAUGUGGAUGUUUGUCCACACAACCAUCGUAGUGUGAUCUUACAGUUAAAACAUUUAUCAAUGUUCAUUGCCAUUUUAAUUCAUAUUUUGCCUCACAGAACUGAGUGACUUCUAAAACCUUUUUCAAGAACAAUGCAUGCAUAGUGGCACUGGCUGUCUUCAUGUUUGUCUGCUCUAAUCCCACUCUAGGGGAGUAAGCUCUGGGGUUCCUCCAGCUCCCUCUCUACCCGUCCCCAGGGGCUUCAGGCCAUGGCUCUCCUCUCCUCUGUUCCCUGGCUGUCUCAGUGGACCCAUAUUGAUCAUGUGGAAGUGUAGACUUACUUUUAGUCAUGUAGUGUAUGUGGACACCUGCUCGUCGAACAUCUCAUUCCAAAGUCAUGGGCAUUAAUAUGGAGUUGGUCCCCCAUUUGCUGCUACAACAACCUCCAUUCUUCUGGGAAGGCUUUCCACUAGAUGUUGGAACAUUGCUGCGGGGACUUCCUUCCAUUCAGCCACAAGCGCAUUAGUGAGGUCGGGAACUGAUGUUUGGCGAUUAGGCCUGGCUCGCAGUCUGCGUUCCAAUUCAUCCCAAAGGUGUUCGAUGGGGUUGAGUUCAGGGCUCUGUGCAGGCCAGUCAAGUUCUUCCACACCGAUCUCGACAAACAUUUCUCUAUGGACCUCGCUUUAUGCACGGGGGCAUUGUCAUGCUGAACAGGAAAGGGCCUUCCCCAAACUGUUGCCACAAAGUUGGAAGCACAGAAUCGUCUAGAAUGUGAUUGUAUGCUGUAGGGUUAAGAUUUCCCUUCACUGGAACUAAGGGGCCUCGCCCAAACCAUGAAAAACAGCCCCAGACCAUUAUUCCUCCUCCACCAAACUUUACAGUUGGCACCAGUGGCGGCUCCUGAAAAAAUUCUCAGGGGGGGCAAUUUUUCUGAUGAUUUAGGUGACCUACACACAUUUUAAAAAAUAUAUGUCCAGCAACAACAUGAAGACAGGGGCAGCAUAUAAGUCAAUGCCAGAAGCAUUUAUUGACUGAUCUCAAAAGUGUUGGCUUACAAAAGCAAAAUAAGUUAUCACAGUAAAAAUAAUCAAGGGUGUUCUUUCACAUUCCUCAACACUGCAUAAACAAUAUGCAUUUCCAUAAACAAAUGAAAUAUCAGCUGAAAAUACAGCAUCUUGGUAUUUGUUCAGAUUGCAGGAUCAACAAGAGCUUUUACCACAUUUUUUGCCUCAUGGUUGAAUUGGAAAUAUGUGCACCUGAGCAUAAUUCACAACAAGCAAGCAGGAGCUUUUGAUAGAGGCUACUGAAAACAUUGAUGCAAGUUAUUGGUAAUAAGAAAUUUUUAUAGACUUCCAUAUUCUGCCCUCUUGUAUAGAUUUGUGAAAAUGAACAGUGAUAGACAUUUUGCCUGAAAACAGAAUUUGAAAAUAAUUUCUAGAAAAGGUAAACACAGCUAUCUGUAUGGCUUUGUAAAAAUGAACAACCAUAUUCUGGCCAAUUGUAUAGAUUUGUAAAUAUGAACAACCAUAUUCUGGCCAAUUGUAUAGAUUUGUAAAAAUGAACAUGAACAGAUUAUUUUUUUUAAACCUUUUUUUUAAAUGAAAAAUAACUAUUUUAAACAACAUCAACUGUGAACUGAUUUGGGCGUGUGUGUGUUAAAGAGACAGACAGGGAGGGACAAAGAGAGAGAGAGGCUACAUUACUUGUACUGAAACUGUUCUCUUCUCUCUUUCAAUGCAGAAAAGCGGUCAAUUACUUUCUCAUUGAAAUCAGGCAUGCUGAGGACUAGUUCCCUCUCCAUGGAAAGCAUGGCCAGUGCAUUCAGACGUUCCUGGCCCAUUGAAUUUCGCAGGAAUGUCUUAACUCGUGUCAAAGUUGAGAAACAUCUCUCAGCUUCAGCUGUUGUCAUGGGAGUAGUUAUGAGGAUGUUCAACAGAGUCACAGUCUCAGAGAACGUCUCCUGGAGGUUGUAGCUCAUGAGAACCUGGUACAGUGCCAGUGCACCACAGUUUGACUUUCUCGUCGUCGGCAAAAAGACCGUUCAGUCUCUCCAAAAGCACACUGGCGAUUGAGACUGAGGUUGAUUCCGAGAUGGGAAGGAACUCAAAAAAGCGCUCCUGCUCUUUGUGGUUGCUAUCUAUGUACCUCAGCACAAGCACCAGCUGUGUCUGUGUAGAAACGUCCGUGGUCUCGUCAGCUUGGAUAGCUACGAAGUUCGCCGACUUCACCUCCUCCACAAUAUGUUCCCUCAUGACCGCUAGCAUACACUCCAGUAGCUCGUUUUGAAUGGUCUUUGAUGUGAACUUCUUUCAAAGAGACAAUCGAGUUGCACUGAACGCUAGCCAUCUUUUGAUAGUAGUAUGUGAAUUGAUUGACGCUGCUACCCGCUCUUUUCUUAGUUACGUUCAUGGUUAUGUUACGUAUGACGAAAGCGCGUAAGUGCAAGCCCUCAGAAACCCAUAGAGAUUGUAUUGAAAGCUCUGAUAUUUGAAAAAAAAAAGAUUUUACAUGAAAGGCUAUGACAGACUUCUGGGGCGAUUUUCAACCUGACUGAAAUCGCCCCAAAAGGGGCGGGGCCAUUUGAAGCACGACUUUAGCCUGAUUGGACAUUUAGUGGCAGAUCAGACGUCUAGAUUAGAACACUGAUAACUACUGUUGCCGUGAUAUAAUUGAUUAGAAAAAAAAUCCCUUCCUUUUCCCGUUUGGCAGUGCGUCGCCCAUAUCGCCCUAAUGAACACACCGCCCCUGGUUGGCACUAUGCAUUGGGGCAGGUAGCGUUCUCCUGGCAUCCGCCAAAACCAGAUUAGUCCGUCGGACUGCGAGAUGGUGAAGCGUGAUUCAUCACUCCAGAGAACAAGUUUCCACUGCUCCAGAGUCCAAUGGCGGCGAGCUUUACACCACUCCAGCCGACGCUUGGCAUUGCACAUCGUGAUCUUAGGCUUGUGUGCGGCUGCUCAGCCAUGGAGACCCAUUUCAUGUAGCUCCCGAUGAACAGUUUUUGUGCUGACGUUGCUUCCAGAGGCAGUUUGGAACUCUGUAGUGAGUAUUGCAACCGAGGACAGAAGAUUUUUACGCGCUACGCACUUAAGCACUUGGUGGUCCCGUUCUGUGCGUUUGUGUGGCCUACCACUUUACGGCCGAGCCGUUGUUGCUCCUAGACGUUUCCACUUCACAAUAAAAGCACUUACAGUUGACCGAGGCAGCUCUAGCAGGGCAGAACUGACUUGUUGGAAAGGUGGCAUCCUAUUACGGUGCCAUGUUGAAAGUCACUGAGCUCUUCAGUAAGGCCAUUCUACUGCCAAUGUUUGUCUAUGGGGAUUGCAUGGCUGUGUGCUCGAUUUUAUACACCUGUCAGCAACGGGUGCGGCUGAAAUAGCCGAAUCCACUCAUUUGAAGGGGUAUCCACAUACUUUUGUAUGUAUAGUGUACCAUCCUGCCUCUGUACAUGCUUCCCUUAGUUACCUUGUCUCUCAUAGAAACACACAUCUCAGUGUGAGAUAAGUGAUUUGUAGUCGUAAGUGACAUUUUAGGUCAAGAUUAACAGCCUGUGUCGUAUGGCUCUUUGCCUCUAAGUUUAUUCAAGUUCUUGUACAGUAUCAAUAACUUGGUAUUCAUACUGUAGCAGGUUCAUUUUCUCCAAGUACAAUACAAGGUCAAAACGGCAAGAGACUAGCAAAUCACACCAGCUGUAGUAAAACAAUCUAUAUUCCUCUUAACGCUAUACUGAUUUUCUUAUUCCCUGUGUAAGGGUAUCACCUCACUCCACGUCCAGACAAACAGAAUGUAUGAGUAGAUUAAUCUAUUCAGCGUUUUCAGAGUUCCGUGCUCUACAUUCUAAUGAUCAGCCAGGCUCCCAUGAUAAUGAAUGCAAGGCAGAGGCCUGUCUGUCUAUCUAUCUGUCUGUCUGUCUGUCUGCUUAUCAGAAACCCACUGCUCAGCCUUAACUUGAUUUAAAUAAAGUACAAAAUCACCUCUGGCUUGAAUGUUUUUGCAUUUAUUUUCCCCUGUAACUUGGAGAGAAGUUAAACUAAGCAAUCAGUGAUGGCUUGGAGGAGGGCGAAACAUUUGUCCUUGAUUUGCUUCUUCUAGAAAGAAUAACUUAUUAUCAUUAAUCAACUAAUCUCUUGUCUUAAGGGUAGACCUGCAGCAUUAUUGUCAGCAGUACGUGAUCGCCAUUAUUGAUACAAGUAUUCAGACCCCUUCCCAUUUUCCACAUUUUGUUACGUUACAGCCUUAUUCUAAAAUUGAUUCAAUAUUUCUUUCCCUCAUCAACCUACAGACAAUACCCCAUAAUGACGAAGAAAAAACUGGUUUGUAAAUGUUUGCAAAUUUAUUACAAAUAAAAAAACAGAAAUACCUUAUUUACAUAGGUAUUCAGACCCUUUGCUAUGAAACUCGAAAUUGAGCUCAGGUGCAUCCUGUUUCCAUUGAUCAUCCUUGAGAUGUUUGUACAACUUGAUUGGAGUACACCUGUGGUAAAUUUAAUUGAUUGGGCAUGAUUUGGAAAGGCACACACCUGUCUAUAUAAGGUCCCACAGUUGACAGUGCAUGUCAGAGCAAAAACCAAGCCAUGAGGUCGAAGGAAUUGUCCGUAGAGCUACGAGACAAGAUUGUGUCGAGGCACAGAUCUGGGGAAGGUACCAAAAAUGUUCUGCAGCAUUGAAGGUCCCCAAGAACACAGUGGUCUCCAUCAUUCUUAAAUGGAAGAAGUUUGGAAUCAAGACCCUUCCUAGAGCUGGCUGCCCGGCCAAUUCGGGGGAGAAGGUCCUUUGUCAGGGAGGUGACCAAGAACCCGAUGGUCACUCUGACAGAGCUCCAGAGUUCCUCUGUUGAGAUGGGAGAACCUUCCAGAAGGACAACCAUCUCUGCAGCACUCCACCAAUCAGACCUUUAUGGUAGAGUGGCCAGACGGAAGCCACUCCUCAGUAAAAGGCACAUGACAGCCCACUUGGAGUUUGCCAAAAGACACCUAAAGGACUCUCAGACAAUCAGAAACAAGAUUCUCUGGUCUGAUGAAACCAAGAUUGAACUCUUUGGCCUGAAUGCCAAGCAUCACGUCUGGAGGAAACGAGGCACCAUCCCUACGGUGAAGCAUGGUGGUGGCAGCAUCAUGCUGUGGGGAUGUUUUUCAGCGGCAGGGACUGGGAGUCAGGUUUGAGGGAAAGAUGAAUGGAGCAAAGUACAGAGAGAUCCUUGAUGAAAACCUGCUCCAGAGCACUCAGGACCUCAGAUUGGGGCGAAGGUUCACCUUCCAACAGGACAGCGACCCUAAGCACACAGCCAAGACAACGCAGGAGUGGCUUCGGGACAAGUCUCUGAAUGUCCUUGAGUGACCCAUCCCAGAGCCCGGACUUGAACCCGAUCGAACAUCUCUGGAGAGACCUGUAAAUAGCUGUGCAGCGACGCUCCCCAUACAACCUGGCAGAGCUUGAGAGGAUCUGCAGAGAAGAAUGGGAGAAACUCCCCAAAUACAGGUGUGCUAAGCUUCUAGCGUCAUACCCAAGAACACUUGAGGCUGUAAUCGUUGCCAAAGGUGCUUCAACAAAGUACUGAGUAAAGGGUCUGAAUACUUCUGUAAAUGUGAUAUUUCAGUUAAAUGUUUUUAUAAAUUUGCAACAAUUUCUAAAAACCUGUUUUUGCUUUGUCAUUAUGGGGUAUUGUGUGUAGACUGAUGAGGAAAAACACGAUUUAAUCUGUUUCAAAGUAAGGCUGUAACUUAGCAAAAUGUGAAUACUUUCCGAAUGCAGUGUAGCAUUCAAUCUCACUAGUCAGUUACACCUGUUGUUCUAUUUUCAGUCAUGGAGGUGUUAAAAUGUGAAGAAGAUUCAUGUGGGAGUUAUGUGAUGACGUGGAGUGUGAUGUGGUUGUUGUGUGUUGUCAGGGCUAGACCUGGAGGAGGGGAAGGAAGGAGGGUCAUGGCUGGGGAUCAACAAGAGGGGCAAGCUGGCCGCACUGACCAAUUACCUGGAGGGAAGGCCCAAUCCAGACGCACAAGGAAGAGGUGAGGACCAAUCAGGAAGAGAAUGUCCACUGAAUAGUCUGAUAUGUGCAUGCGUCUUUAACAGACAUUCGUGUUUUUAAUAUUUCAUUCCUCGUAAAGCUUUAUUCCUAGAAAGCCAACGCUAACGUGAAACUGGUAUGGUCAACUGCCUUUUUAAGGAUUCAUUCACUAGCAUUAGAACCACAGUAAGGGAAUAGUAGUGUCAGUUAGCCUCCCUCUCCUCGUGUGUUCUCCAGUAGCUCUCCACUGUCGUUUCGUAACACAGCUGUCCGCACUGCAGAUGCUCAGCCCCCUGAGGGAAACACCUCUUUGUGUAAUAGCAGCUUUCUAAUUUGUUUAUUUUCUUUAAGGCCAAAUGUCAGGCGUUUUUCCUGACACACUUAACCGCUGUAGUGCAGGUCCCCCCACUUGGGGAGCAGCCUGUCCUCCUAACACCUAACAAAUCAAAUCAACGUUUAUUGGUCACAGUUUAGCAGAUGUUAUAGUGGGUGCAGUGAAAUGCUUAUGUUACUAGCUCCUAACAAUGCAGUAAAAUGUCAAACAAGUACACACAAUAAUUUUUAAUAAAUGAAGUACAGAUAAAAACAAGAAACAAGAACAUCGGGGUGAAUCCAAUUAACAGCCCAAAUAGCACUGUAACAGUAAUCCAAAUGCAAUCUAUAAGUAUCUACACCAGAAGAAUUUACACAAGAUAUACUAAGAAAGAUAUGUACAGCAGUAGAUAUAUUGGAGUGAGCUAUGUCAAGAAUCCAGUAUAUAAAUACACAGUACUAAACUAAAUAUGCGGUGUGUAUAAACAGUGUAACUAUGUAAAUACAAAGUACAUUAGUAUAAAUAUUAAAAUGAGCUAUGUUGGGAAUACAGUAUUGAAAUACUCUGUGUGAAACAGGAAGUGUCAAGUGGUUCAAUGUCUCUGACGUGGGACAGCAGCGUUGGAUUGUGAGUGUGUAUGUUUGUGAGUAUGAGGUGUGUGUCAUAGCUUGUGUUUUUUGUGUGAGUGUGCGUCACAUGGGAGACGGCUAGUGAUGGCUGUUCAACAGUCUGCUGGCCUGGUAAUAGAAGCUGUUCAACAGUCUGCUGGCCUGGUAAUAGAAGCUGUUCAACAGUCUGCUGGCCUGGUAAUAUAAGCUGUUCAACAGUCUGCUGGCCUGGUAAUAGAAGCUGUUCAACAGUCUGCUGGCCUGGUAAUAGAAGCUUUUCAACAGUCUGCUGGCCUGGUAAUAGAAGCUGUUCAACAGUCUGCUGGCCUGGUAAUAGAAGCUGUUCAACAGUCUGCUGGCCUGGUAAUAGAAGCUGUUCAACAGUCUGCUGGCCUGGUAAUAUAAUCUGUUCAACAGUCUGCUGGCCUGGUAAUAUAAGCUGUUCAACAGUCUGCUGGCCUGGUAGUAGAAGCUGUUCAACAGUCUGAUGGCCUGGUAGUAGAAGCUGUUUUUUUUUGUAUCUCGGUCUCGGCACUGCUGCACCUGUACUGACCGUAAAUAGACAGGAGCCGAGUAAGCAGUCUGUGGCUCGGGUGACUGAGGUCCUUAAUGAUCUUCUUGGCCAUCCUUUAACACAGAGUGCUGUAGAUGUCAUAGAGAACAGGCAGCGUGCCCCCGGUGAUGCGUUAGGCUGAGCGCACCACAGUGCUACAUAACAUGGAAACAGAUCUCCGAUGUCACUCAGUCCACGACCUAUGUUACAUAUUUUACCUCGAAUAUCCUCCACAUAACUGCAUCAUAUUUUGCUUAAUAAGCAGUGUUGUUUAGAUGAUCUUGGAUGAUAUAACUAAAUGUGUGCGUUACGAAACCAACUAAGCAGCCUACUGAUAAGUCUACUCUUGCUAUGUGUAGGGGUCCUGGGCUUCCCUAACUGGUCUGCAACCUCUCUGAAAGUGUGCAUUUAGUUUGAAAAGUAAGAAUAACGUUGAUUCUUUGUGUUGAAGGGUUCCUGGUGUCUAACUUCCUGACGGAUCAGAUCCAGGACAGCUACUCCUACCUGACGAGGGUGUCAUCUGAGGGACAUCUCUACAACGGCUUCAACCUCCUCACAGCUGAGUUCAAGUGAGUCAAGGGUUUGGGCAGACUGAUCAAAACUAGAGAACAUGGGAUGGGUUGAUGAAUAUUUUCGCUGAGGUUUUGCCUUACCGAUCAAAAUAAAAAAAUUAAAAAAAGCCCACCUCAAUGCCCACCUUAUAGGAUUCUGAUCGACAAUGCUGUCUCAAUUAUUUCAUUUCCUAAGGUACAGCCAAGACAUGCAAUUCGACCCCUAGCCCAAGGCACAUAGUUCUCAGAGAAUUUUCCACCUAGCCUGUCAGACGUUAACAUGUAGCUAUUUAUAAACUGCUUAUACUUGUCUGUCUUUUCAAACCUCCAUGAUGUGUCUAGGAGUGGAUUUGACAUUGGGUAUAAUAAGUCUCUGUAACCAUGUGUUCUCUCUGUUCUGGUCUCUUGUGGGACUGGCUGAGGAUGAAGCAGGGAUGAUUGCCUUAUCUCCAGGGUCCAUCAGACUGAAUAAAAGGCAUGAGCUGUAGCCACCUGCUCUCUCUCUCUCUCUCUCUCUCUCUCUCACGCGCUCUCUCGCAAUCUAUCGAUCUGUCUCCCUGUCCAUCUUCACACACAGAAGAACAGAAUAAACCUUGAGCUGAAGGGACCAUCAUUAGAAUUCUGAGAGAACACCUGUUCAUUUUUUUUCCCCUUUACCAGCCUGGCUUAUGAGUGUGAGUCAAAAGCUCUGAGAUUUUUUUGAAAAGGGGAACCCAGACAAUAGUAAAAUUAGGGAACUGUCCCCUCCCUUUCUGUUUUCUCUCACUCUCUGCAGCAGACAGGUGGGAUUUAAUUUGAUGGACUUGCAUCAUAGACUAGAGGAAACUAAGACAGCUGUCAUGAACAGGGCUUUAUAGACAUGCCAUCGGCAUGGCAACAGGGUUCUAGGUCUCAUUUUGGAGGUCAGGGUGUUCAGGAACAACUUUUCCCACUUCCUGCUGGGGGAUGCAGAGUUUUUUCCCUGUGGACGAGUGGUCCUGAUCCAUAUAUCCUGCUAACAUGGCCUAGGGCAGGAACAGCACGGCAUGAGAGCAGCUCUCUCCUUUAAACCCCGCCUCCAUUGUUUUCAGGUAUUGUUCCUUUCUCCCCACCUAUAAGCUUCUCUCCACUCUCUAAAUGCAUUGCGCUUAUUAUAGCAGGUAGAUCUCAACAGGUCGUGGUUUGUUGUGUCGUAACAGCAAAGCUAUUCAGGAAUGCAAAUGACCUGAUUAAGACCAGGAGUUAUGUCCAUGUUGUAUGACUCCUGCUGCUGCCCCCUGCGGUAAGAGACUUAUCGAAAGGAGACAUCACUGCCACUACAAAUGUACACGCCACACAACAUGAGAUGUCAGCUGAGAGAGAGCAACAAGCAAUGUGUUUAUUUGAUGAUGUAUGCUCUGGCCCGGUCAAUCAUCUGCGUCUGAAAUCACUCCAUCCCGCUGUCUGCCUGGGCCCAUGGAGCCUCCUGUAGACCCACAACUAGAUGUAUGGAUACUGCCAGAUGGGACGCCACGGUACGCAACACCAUAAUAAAACAGACAAGGGAUGGCAGCUGCUGUGACUCUAAUGGAUUUGUAUGUAGACCUUUUUAAUAAAGGCUCAUUUAUAGAGCUAUUAGUUUUCCCCCCCUCUGCACAGUGAAACAACAGUGAUGUGUGUUGGUUAGAGACAACCCAGAGGAAAUACUGUCUGUCUGCGGCUGCUCUUUUUCUGAAACGAUAGUUGUCUUGUCUCUUGCUUACAGAGGAGGCCCUAUAUUACAAUUAGUGGAUUUCUCAUCCAUCCUUAACCAAUGACGUGACGAUUUGUGAUAUGGGGUUGAAUGGCGACGUGGGACAAGAUGUGUGGCAGCCAUUUUAAACAUAAUCUCUAUUUCUUCCUGUUGUAUAAUAUUUAUGCUCAUCAUGGGGAUGCAGUAAUAGGAAAGGCGUAUACUUGUAUAUUUAUCACCCAACUGAAUAGAAAUGUUAAUCUCUCAACUUCAAGUCUGUAUUGGCAUGAUUUAUAUGAUGCCUUCCCUUAAUUAUGUUGCUUGUUAAACCAAUAUUGCCUUGAUUACUAAUCCAUAGCUCCGUCUAUGGGUUUGCAUUCUUUCAAUUCAGUUAAUGACUUUGCAUGCAUUCGUUUCCCAUCUGACUGAGCCUUGCCUUGGCGGCACUAAAGAUGUAUAUUUCAAAUGCAUCAUCUCAACUUUUAUCUCAAAUGCCCUGAAUGUAAUGUUGUUAGCACUGACAGCCAAGCAGCACUCGAUAAUGUCACUCUUAUUUUUCUUUUUACUUUUCUAGUGCUUCUUUUGACUUUGAUCCAAUCUGUUCAUAUUUAUUCAUUCAAGACUGUGUGGUGGUAGAAGAUUAUCCCUUUAAUCAGGAGCAAAGACUCCCUCAGACUCUUAACUGUCAUCUCAUGACAUCCCACAAUGCAAUGCCAGCAUCCCUGAGCCUUCCUAAUACCCAGCCGAACUCAGUAUAUGUUUAAAGUAUACAUUCUCAAACACUUUUUAGAAAGUGGGUCGUGAGCGUGGUCUGAAACUGGUGUAGCUUUUGGCAGGCGUUUUGUUUUUCCUUUAAGAAGAAAAACAGCAGUAGAUCAGAUCGUAGCAUCAUUCCUCGGCUGGUUUCCGUGGUGUAUGGUCCAUUUAAUAUUCUCUUAGUGUCCCCCAAAGCCAGUAUCCUAUCCUCGGCUAAAGCACAAAACAAAUGUACAGAAAGCAGUAAUAGCAAAAGGCCUAUAGUCCCUUAGCUGAGCUCUGCAUCUAGAGCAUGGAAUGGCACUUCAGUGCCCAUGUGUAAAGCCAAAUGUCUUAAAAAAAGAAGUAAUAGUUCAUUUUGGCUCUGAAAAUGUUAGUUUGGGAUAAUAUUUGGAAAUUGGCAGUGUUCAAAAAGCAUCUGCUCUGCAUCCCUUCACCUUUCCGCUACUAGGCUACUCUGUCUAAUUUACCAAGAUGUUGUAAUGGAAUUCUGAUUAUAUACGGGCCAUUUGAGUUGACCUGGGAGAUUCCAUUACGUUUUAAAGACCCUGGCUCUUUCCUUAAGACUCAGGCUCAGCUGAAGUUGACUGGCUUUUCUUUGUUCACAAAGGAACUAGGUAUGACUGUUCACAGAGUAACUAGGAUGUGAUGGUCAGAUCAGAUGUUGCUAUGGGUGGUCUUGCUGUUGGGAUUAGAGCUGCUGUCUUUCUCAGUCAGCCGUUUAGCCCUGUUGCUCAACUUGGGCCUCUAGCUGAUCAUGAAAUGCAUAAAACUGCAUCAGAGAAAUUGUUUACCCUCGGACUCGCCAAGAUACUUCCCGACCCCACUGAUGGUUCUAAAUGCUCAUUCGACCAAUGUCAAAAACAUCAGGCAGCUCGGCACAGCAGCAAGGAGCAAAAAAAAGGCACUACUUAAACACUUCAGAAUUAUGGACUGCAUUCCAUUUAAAAACAUCUACUAUCCUGAAUGGGGAUUAUCAUUCUGGCCAGCUAGAUCUUCAAAGUGCUGUUUCUAAAGCUUCACAGAACUUUCUCUUUUCGUUGGUUUGUUCACGCUGCCCAGUGCUAGCUGCCACCUCCUGUGGUUUCCUCAUCUCAGCUCACAUAUCCAUGCAGCAGAAAUUAUGAGGUUUUGAUAUUCUUGCCAGAGUGUGUGGAUAUCAGAAAUACCUCUUUCCAUUGUGCUUUUGGGUGAGACUACUGAGCUUAGGUCUCAAUGUGUCCAAACAGUAUAUGAGAGUGUUUGUCUGGGUUGGGACCGAGAGUAAUCUUCACAAAUAGCUCCAAAUAGCUCCAUCCCUCCCCAGCCCAAUGAGCCCAAAGCACCAUUUGGCCACCUCUCUGUAGGGUUGCAGUUUUAUAUACACAUCAAGAGAGGGGUUACUUGUAAAGAAGAGUAUCAAAACUGAGUCAUCAUCAGGCAGUGAAGCUGCAAAUAUUGUACCCAUGGAAGGAAGCUACAAGACAAUAUGUAACAAAAUGGUUUCUGUCAUUACUGUAGUUACCAUCUGUUACAUUACUGUAGUUACCAUCUGUUACAUUACUGUAGUUACCAUCUGUUACUUUGGCAAAAGUGUUUGUAUCAUUCUGGUUUUCAUUAGCUAGAGACUUUGAUAUCCUUUGGUUUGGUGUGAAGAUGGUGUCAUUUUAAUAAGAUGUCUUUCAUCAUUUUCCCACAGCCUUUGUACUAGCACACUGACUGACCGGCCCUUUUAAAUUCCUCUGCCCAAGGACAUUUACACCAGAUGAGAAACAGUAACACAAACAGAUACCCUUUGCACAGGAGCAAGGUCUACUCUUUUCCCGGCUUAAUUGCUUAUUGUGGCAUAAACAAAUUUACAAGCUCUGACAGGCAAAUUAGCUUCUAAUUAAUUGGAAGGGAUAAGCAUUUAGCGGACAGCGGAACCCCUCAUGUCAAACGUUUGAUUUUGUCAGUCCCUCUGUCUGCGGCUAUUUGCAGAUGUUAUUAUCAAACGAGUCUCAAUCUCAUGCCAGGAGAGUAAUCUUCUCUAUUCUCAUAUAACUCUUUAGAAAAAGCUCAUCUCGGGGAUGGAAACAAACAUCAGUCUUGACGGUUUUCUAACUUUUGACCCUAGCCACUGACUCCACAGAUCAGAGCCAUAGCAAGUAUCUGCAUAUAUUCUAUUCUGGAGUGGCCAGACGUUCUCCACCAGGGGACCAGGAGGUUAGAUAUUGAUGCAGUGUUGCACCAGUCUACACAUUUGACUGAUGAUGCUACUGAUGGCUGUCAGAAACUGACAAGGCAAUUCAUUCACUUACAACACUUGUUUUGGUUGUCAUUAAUUCAGUUUCCUGUACUGCAGUUGAAAAGACCUUCAUGUUGGAGAGGUGUUCCAAAUAGAAGUAGGAUCUCUUUAAGUCAGGACAGGGGACAGGAGAGCUCUAAACAGAGUCAAGGUCUAGUUAGUUAGACUGGAGGACGAUUUGCAACAGUCUACCAUUUUUUUUAAAUCACCUCAUCUGAUUGGAAAAUAUUGCUACAAUUUACCAUUGUUUAGUUUUUAUCUGGCAUUUCAAUUGCCUUUACAAAUGCGGCGGCUCCAUUAAUCACUGCUAAGCAAAGUUGAGCAGAAAAUAAUAGCAAAUUGUACAAAGCAUUGUUCAGGUAUGAACCCACGGAUGAUUUAGGAUGACCCUCACAAUUAAACAGAACUUUUAAUCGGUCACAAACUUGCAUCUUUAAUUUCCUCUCAUGGUGUCCAAUGCAGGGCCAAAGAAGACACUGUGUGUUAUUAUGGAAACAGAGGCAACACCGAACCCAUCCGUCUAAAUCCAGGUCUGCAUUUCUUAAUUUGGAAUUGCUUUUGCAUUAAUGUACUAUUAUUUGUGUGUGUGUGUGUGUGUGUGUGUAUAUAAUUGUACUAUAUUAUAUAAUUGCACCAUACAAGCCAUGCUUUGGAAUUAUUUGCAUGCAGGAUUUUGACUAUAAGCCUCUGUAUGUAAGUGCACGUUUUGGGGGAUAACAUGCACGUUUUGUAGGAAUCUCUGUUCUCUAGCAAUGCUGUGUGUCUGCUCCAGCAGGAAUCUAUGGUUUGAGUAACUCCCUGUUGGAGACUCCGUGGAGGAAGCUGGAGCAUGGGAAGAGACUGUUCACCGGUGUAGUGAACCAGCCCUUGCCCUGUGACAGUCUGGUCCAGGACCUGCUCAACAUCCUCAACAACGAGGAACUGUGAGUUCACCACACACUCGCUAUCAAUAAUACAGUCAAUGUGACACAGUAAAUUCUUCAUCAAUACAUGUACAUGCACACUCAAAACACUACACAUGAAGACACAUACCUGUACACUGUGUAGUUUAGUUUACAUUUAGGAGAAAUCAAUGUGACAUGGCGUAAUAUACAUUAAAACAUAUGCAUACAUACUCACUAACGCUCGUAAGAUAUUUGGGAGUAACUUACAAGGACAUAUAAAUGUGUCUGAGGGUAAUACUUCUGCACAUUUACUAAGGCUAUAAAUAUGCUUACUCAUUAUUGGUUUGCGAGUACCACAGGUGGACAUUCAACAUGGCUACAUGGGGAACAAACGUGAACACACUAUUUGACUAAGAGAACGUAUAGUCCUGCACACAUUACAUGAAUGUGCAAUUAGGAAAAUAGUAUGCUGCUGUUGCUGGAAUCUUGCGCUUUUAUGUUGACUUAAUUGCAAAGCUUUUAGUCAGUGAACUUUUGCUCUCAACAGACUGCACCUACCUUUCUCUCUAAUAGGUUUAUCAGCUCCACAAUGAACAUCAUGUAGUGCUGAAACGUAUGUCCUAUUAUAUAACUUAUUUUGAAACUUUCAGUUCAGUAAAAACUUUAUAUUCUGUUUUUCUCCAUGCAACUGGUAACACUAAAGUUGUGCUAAAUAGUUUUACUUUCUCCAAUUGGUUCCAAUCCCAAACUCUUAAAAGUCAGGAGGUUUGAGGGAGAAGUUGAGAACCGUCUUUUCUGAAGGUACACCCCUUUCUGUUCCAAAUCUCUGUGAAAGUCAGAGGAGGUUUGAGUGAGAACGGUUUCUGUCUUUAUUCUUCAGGAACACUCCUGACCCGGCCCAGGAGAGCCAGGGUGAAGGGUACAGCAGCCCCAUGCUCCGGGUCCUGUCCUCCGUGUGUGUUCGAUCCCCACAUUACGGCACAAGGUCAGAGUCUCCCAGUCCAUGACACCAAUUAGCUAGGCCAGAGUCCUAGAGAUACAAUAUAAUACCAGAGUGGCCUAUGUGAUAAACCUUGCCAAUGUCCAACCUAGUGUUCUUAUUUAAUUCUGUGCUCCCAGUCCCACCAAUUGGCUCUCCCAGCUGUCUUGCGGGGCCUGCCCUCAGAGGUGAGGGCUGUGCUUGUGGGGUGUAAGAGCAGGGACAUAUUCAUAAGGCACCCAGGAAAACUAAAACAAUUGGUUCUUAUUUGACAAAUCCAUGGUCGUCUUCAUUAGUGUGCAUCGUAGCAAAGGGCAGACAUUUUGCAACGAAAAUUAGUUUCUUAUUGGACAAAUCCAGUUAGUACCUCUGUUUCAGUCCGUUUAGCUCUGUUUGCUGCGUAAUAAUUACGCCCCAUACAUCAUACAGUCCCUCAAGCAUAUAGUCUCAUCUAUAACCAGCAUGCCCCUGGCCUCCAGUGUAGUGUGAUAAUGAAAGGUGAUUAGGGAGCUCUUCCCCAGCAUCACAAUAUGUGUUUUCUCCAUAUUUGUAAUGCAUAAGCCUCUGUUGUCGUUUCACCCCUCUUAUUUAUCUGAUGUUUUGUGUCUCUGCCUGUUUCAGGACCAACACCAUUAUCCUCAUAGACGCAUCAGGGAACGUGACCUUCACAGAGCGCACCAUGCUCAACUGUGACAUCAGCCAAUGGAGCACAAGCUCUUUCCAGUUCAAACUCAAGGACUGA